AUGGCGCGGAAUGUUGGCCGCCUGAUGUCGCGCUUGUUGGAGGUCGGUGAUCCCAAGCUAGGGUUGCCGUAUGGUGCUCGUAGUUUCGCUUUCCCCAUUGCGGAAUCGAGGUCCUUCAGCUCUGCGGGGCAACCGCAACCGCAGCUGCAUCAGCAUUUGAAGAACGCGAACGAGACGACUUCUUCUUUUGCCGCCCCAGGUGGUGACGUGACCGAGGAAGAGGUGAAAGUGGUGGACGGGGGUAAAGAAGCAGACGAUGAUGAUGACGACGGCGGCGAGUAUGUGAACAGGGAGACAGGAGAGGUUGGAGGGCCGAGGGGGCCGGAGCCGACCCGCUAUGGCGAUUGGGAGCGGGGUGGCAGAUGCUCUGAUUUCUGA